GGCACCCAGCUUGAUGAAGGAGAUCUAGCUAUCCUUCGACUGUUCGCCCUCAAGGUCACGACGCAUAUGAAGACAGACACAUUCGAGAAACUCCCGUAUGCAUUCCCGACCCAGGAUGUACCUUCGUGGAAGACUACUCAAACACGAGCUGCCGUUCUGUCGGCAUUAGACCCUGUCCUGUACGACUGCUGUCCGAACUCUUGCUGCUGCUUUGUCGGCCCUCACUCCACCCUCGACGCUUGUCCCUACUGUAAGGAAUCAAGAUAUGAUGCCGCCGGACGCCCACGAUCACAAUUCCCUUACCUACCGCUCACGCCCCGUCUCAAGGCAUACCUGGCAUGCCCAAACAUGGCAAAGAAGAUGCAAUACCGUGCAUGCGAGCACUCACAUGUCCCUGGAACGAUGACUGACAUCUUCGAUGGGGAUCUUUAUCAAAAUCUCUGCCGUACACGUGUCUCGAUUCAUGGUCGGAAUCUUGACCAUGAUUUCUUCUCCGACUCAAGAGAUGUUGCUCUUGGCCUCUCAUCCGACGGCUUUGCACCACACAAACGUCGGAAGAAAACA